CCCCCGCCUUUGGCUGUCGGGCCCCGGCUCUCCUUUCUGCCGGUAUCGCGCUCCUGCUUCCCGGAGGCGUCAUGAGGUCCCCGAUUCGGGGCCUGGCCUCGAGCGAUGGCGAGGAGGGUUCAGAUAGGACGCCCCUCUUGCAGAGCACUCCGCGGGUGGAAGCCGCUCCAGUGUGCUGCUCUGCUCGCUACAACUUAGCACUUUUGGCUUUUUUCGGUUUCUUCGUUCUCUAUGCAUUACGUGUGAAUCUGAGUGUUGCCUUAGUGGAUAUGGUAGAUUCAAAUACAACUUUAGCAGAUAACAGAACCUCUAAGGAGUGUGCAGAGCAUUCUGCUCCCAUAAAAGUUCAUCAUAAUCAAACGGGUAAAAAGUACCAGUGGGAUGCGGAAACUCAAGGAUGGAUUCUCGGUUCUUUUUUUUAUGGCUACAUCAUCACCCAGAUUCCUGGAGGAUAUAUUGCCAGUAAAGUGGGGGGGAAACUGCUGCUAGGAUUUGGGAUCCUUGGCACUGCUGUCUUUACCCUGUUCACCCCCAUUGCUGCAGAUUUGGGAGUUGGAGCCCUCAUUGUACUCAGGGCACUAGAAGGAUUGGGAGAGGGUGUUACAUUUCCAGCUAUGCAUGCCAUGUGGUCUUCUUGGGCUCCCCCUCUUGAAAGAAGCAAGCUUCUUAGCAUUUCAUAUGCAGGAGCACAGCUUGGGACAGUAAUUUCUCUUCCUCUUUCUGGAAUAAUUUGUUUCUAUAUGAAUUGGACUUAUGUCUUCUACCUUUUUGGUAUAGUUGGCAUCGUUUGGUUUAUUUUAUGGAUCUUUUUCGUUAGCGAAACGCCAGAAACUCACAAGACCAUCUCCCGCCAUGAAAAAGAAUAUAUUCUUUCAUCAUUAAAAAAUCAGCUUUCUUCACAGAAGUCAGUGCCAUGGACAUCCAUGCUAAGAUCAUCGCCUCUUUGGGCUAUUGUAGUUGCACAUUUUUCUUACAAUUGGACCUUUUAUACUUUAUUGACGUUAUUGCCUACUUACAUGAAGGAGAUCCUAAGGUUCAAUGUUCAAGAGAAUGGGCUACUCUCUGCACUGCCUUAUUUUGGCUGUUGGUUAUGUAUGAUCCUGUCUGGUCAAGCUGCUGACAAUUUAAGGGCAAAAUGGAAUUUUUCAACAAUAUGUGUCAGAAGAGUUUUUAGCCUGAUAGGAAUGAUUGGACCUGCGAUAUUCCUGGUAGCCGCUGGAUUUAUAGGUUGUGAUUAUUCAUUGGCUGUUGCAUUCCUAACCAUAUCAACAACACUGGGAGGCUUUUGCUCUUCUGGAUUUAGCAUCAACCAUCUGGAUAUUGCUCCUUCGUAUGCUGGCAUCCUGCUGGGCAUCACAAAUACAUUUGCCACUAUUCCAGGAAUGGUUGGGCCUGUCAUUGCUAAAAGUCUGACCCCUGAUAACACUAUUAGAGAAUGGCAAACAGUUUUCUACAUCGCUGCUGCUAUCAAUGUGUUUGGUGCCAUUUUCUUCUCACUAUUUGCCAAAGGUGAAGUGCAAAACUGGGCUCUCGACGAUCAACAUGGGCACAGAAACUGAAGGAACCAAUAAAUAAUCCUGUCUCUAUUGAAGUAUUUUUGUUUAUCAUGUAACCUAAAAGUGCCUUUGAUAUUUUAAAUGUGUAUGCAGUCUAUAUAAGAAAAAACUGGAUGAAAUUUUUAAGGCUUGUAAUCAUGAAAUGUCACGAGUUGCCAGAUUAGUAAAAUUCACUAUUUUUAAUCAUUAAUAAUCAUUAAUAACAUGUAUCCUGUAACUUACACUUGAGGGUCAUAUAUCUGGCUGUAAAUCAGGCAACAUAAAGUAGGGAAGUUCUAUUGAUUUUUAAGGGGCAUCCUUGAAGGAAUGAGUUGAAUGGACCCCUCUAUACCUUUGCUUAAUUAAACUACAUAAUAAUUCUCAGGUCUUGGUAAACACUUGUUUUUUACUACUUUCCUCAUAUAAAUUAUUUUUUGACCACAGCCCCUGACACUUAGGUCUCAAACGAUAGCAUCUCCACAGAGCUGCCAGCCACGGUAUAAUUUGGCUUGGCAACCACACGAAGGGAAGCAUGCCCAGGCAGCUGCCAAGCAUUCCCUCCCUGACUCCAGGGACGAUGCCCAGCAUUUAUCAGAGGCGGCAUCCAAGGCCAGGGUCAGUGCCAAGUCUUCAGAUGGUGUUCUCCCCCUAGGCGUUGUUAAUGAGAAAGAUUCGAGCAGGCCCCAGGGCAGCAAGAGGCACCUCUGCGGUCUCCAUACAAAUCCUCACACUUUCCCUCACCACCGCCCCCAAACUGGAACACUGAUUGGCAUGUAACCUUCAAGAGAGUGGUGUGAUGCCCAAUUAGCCACAAAUAAAAUCAUCCUUUAUUAAAACUACUUUCACAUGGAUUAGAACAUAAAUUUCCAACUCUCUGUGUUCUCUGGGCUUCGCCAGAAUAAGUAAAAAAAUUUUCUUAAAACUCACAUUUUUUUUUUCCAUUUGUCUACAUGUUACCUUCUGGUUUCAGUUGAAAAUUGAAGUGACUUUUAUUUGGGCCCAUCACCUACAACCAGUAGUGGAAUCGUCCUUACUUCCAGUUGCUAAAAUCCUAUAUUCCAGUGUUUCCUCCGAACCACCUUCCAGCGGCUCUUGAGCAUGCUUGGAGGGCAUUUAUGUGAUUUAGAACUUGAUUUAUGUUUUGCUAUGUUUGUUUAACACUACCUGUAACAUUUUAAGUAAAACUGAUUCAUGUAAUAUGAUGUGGAUAUAUUUCUGUAAAUUUAUUUUUUAAAUCUGUAAAUAGCUUUACAUUGCUAUGGUGAUAUUUCUUUUAUAAAUCAUCACAAUAAACAUUUUUGGAUUGGUUUUUGGAUCUGA